GGGUCUGUUUGGGAGCACCUCAUUUCUCGACAUCCCUUAAAUGGCCUCAUUUUUUUCCAUGGCCUUGUAUGGCCAAUUCAAAGCACCAUGCCAAAGUGUUUAGGUAUUAGACAAUUUUUGCAUUUUCUAGAUUUUUCUCCUUAUAAAAGCCGAUAAAUGACCGGACAUGUCGCAUCUUGCAUAUGAUGUAGAACGUUGUUCAAACCGGGCAUGGAUUCCUACCAUGGGCAUGCCCACCUGCUUGCAAAAGUUAGGGUCAUUUGAAGGAUGUCCAAAAAUAGAUCAUAUGCAGUGGAUGGUGUUCUAUCAAAUUGACUAACUUUAGAUCGAAGCAAAGUUCAGUGGCGUCAGAAGUUACGAGGUCGAGUCUUGAUGGAAAAUAAUAAAAAAUUGAUACAACAGUUUGUUUAUGAACAAAUAAUAAUAAACAAAUAGUUACAUUGGACAUAAAACUUUAUUCAAUGGAAGCAAAUUUAACAUGUACGGGGAGCUAACUUUAGAAGGAAAGAAACAAAAUUCUAUCCGGUAUAAAAUAAAACAAUAUGUCGUAGCUUGAUUUGUGGGUCUGAUUAGUUUGAGAAACAGAAUGACAAGGAAAGCAAGCUGGACCUACGUUCCAUUCCAACCAACCGCGAUUUUUGGGAUCAAUUAAUUCUAGGAAGCAGAUAAACGGGACAAAUUAAUUCCUUGAUGCAGAUUCGAAGGAAACUACCUGAAGAAAGACCCGACCAUGUCUGAUGCAACGCUACCUGAACCAUAGUGAUGCCUUAUAUGUUUCGUGUUUCCUAACCUUAGGAGUGGCGGAGUAGCUGAGUGGUAAGAAGCCUAAUUAAUUGGAUGAGGUUAGGGGUUCGAUUCCUUGUGCAUGCUUUCUCUCAUUUUCUUAGGAUUUUUAUAUCGCGCUUUUAAAUAGUAAGUGGCCUUGCUUUUACAACGGGUGUACUUUCGAAAAAGGACCAUCCUACCCUUUAUUAUGAAAGGGUAUAGGGUAAUAUCAGCCAUCGAUGUGUUUAUGAGGGUCUACUGAAGCAGAAGUGUUUUCUUAAUCAUGCUUUCGGCACCCUUAAUUAUUUCCCCCUCUAAAGUCAAUACAUUCAAAAGAAUACUUAUUAGAGAAAAAAAAUACAAAGAACUCUGCACGACCUACAUUUGUCAACUUCUGCGAGGCAUAAUGCUACCCUAUAAAAUGUCAUCAAAGUUCUUGACCUGAAACAACACAGACGCAUCAAUCUUUCUCUCUACGCACCUAAGCAGCAGGCAAAGCCAGUAGCUUACAAUCGUCGCAGCGCAGUUCCAAAUCAGCGCCACUGCAAGGACAUGGCAAGAACUCGCCUCGCAGCGUUUCUUAUCGGCAUGGCGAGCUUCUUCUCCGUCGUUGCCGGCCAACUCCGACCAAUGCCUGCGAGUGGCCUUCCCGGUGAUCUCUUUGCCCUAGGAAUCGCCUCUAAAAUCCGUACCGACUGCAACUCAACGGCGAGCGCGUCGUCAGACUUUGGCCGCAUCAUGGAGGCCGCCCCGGAAGCCGUUCUACACCCUGCCACGCCCGCCGACAUCGCCGCGCUCAUCCGGUUCUCCACGUCCUCGCCGGUGCCAUUCCCCGUGUCACCGCGCGGGCAGGGCCACUCCGUCCGCGGGCAGUCUCUCGCUCCGGGUGGCGUCGUCGUCGACAUGCGCACGCUUGGGCGCGGUCACCACCGCAUCAACCUGUCCACGGACUACGUCGACGCCGGCGGCGAGCAGCUGUGGGUCGACAUCCUCCGCGCGACGCUGAAGCACGGCCUCGCGCCGCGCGCGUGGACGGACUAUCUGCAACUCACCGUCGGCGGCACGCUCUCCAAUGCUGGCAUCGGCGGCCAAGCAUUCCGGCAUGGCCCGCAAAUCGCCAACGUGCACGAGCUUGACGUGGUUACCGGGACGGGUGAGAUGGUGACAUGCUCACGUCACAAGAGGAAGGACCUGUUCUUCGCCGCAUUGGGUGGACUGGGCCAGUUCGGGAUCAUAACCCGGGCUCGGAUCGCUCUCGAGUCGGCCCCAAAGCAGGUGCGCUGGGUCCGACUUGCCUACUCGGAUGUGGUUGCGUUCACCAGAGACCAGGAGCUGCUCAUUUCUAAGCAUGCUAGCGAAGCCGGUUUCGACUAUGUCGAAGGCCAAGUCCAGCUUAACCGGACGCUAACCGAGGGCCCCAAGUCAACGCCCUUCUUCUCCGAAGCCGAUAUCAAUAGGCUUGCUGGCCUCGCAUCCGAGACUGGCUCCGGCGCGAUCUACUUCAUCGAAGCCGCCAUGUACUAUGAUGAGACGACCGCCCCAUCUGUCAACCAGAAACUAGAGAUGGUGCUAGCUCAGCUGAGCUUUGUGCCCGGGUUCGUGUUCACCAAGGAUGUGACGUACUUCCAGUUCCUCGACCGCGUGCGCGUGGAGGAGGUUGUGCUUCGAUCGGCUGACGUGUGGGAUGUGCCACACCCAUGGCUGAACCUUUUCGUCCCCCGGUCACGCAUUCUCGACUUUGACGCUGGCGUGCUCAAAGGCAUCCUCGGGGGUGACAACCCAGUCGGGCUCAUCCUCAUGUACCCUAUGAACAUGGCAAAAUGGACCUCCCAAAUGACGGCGGUGACGCCUCCCACUGGCGAGGACGUAUUCUACACGGUGGGACUUCUUCGGUCGGCUCUAUCCCCCGAUGAACUAGAGCGCCUACAGAGGGAGAACCAAUCGGCGCUGGCGUUUUGUGACAAGGAGGGCAUCGAGUGCAAGCAGUAUCUGCCACACUACACAUCACAAGAUGGAUGGCGGCGACAUUUUGGGGCCAAGUGGAGCAACAUCGCUCAGCUCAAGAACAAAUAUGAUCCCCAUGCGAUAAUGUCACGGGGGCAGAGAAUUUUCCCCUUGCCAAGUGUGCCAGCAGCAGGCACCGCGACCACAUAGUUAGUGCAGACACUACUGACAUUUCCUCCGUUAGAUACGCUAGUAUGACUAACAAUAUAUAGGAGAAUUUUUUGUGUAUAGACUGC